GCAGAGUACAUGGCUUCCGCCGGAAGCGGUUCCUGUCAGUCGUCCUCCGGCGUUUGAGCUUGUUUGUGUUGGUUCGCGGCGCCUGGCCGAGUGAGGCUCGGACGGAGGAGCUGGAGAGGGAAGCUCGAGCGUAAACCCGGGCAGCGAGAUGGACGUUCUGAAAUCGGAGAUCCUCCGGAAGCGGCAGCUGGUGGAGGACAGGAACCUGCUGGUGGAAAAUAAAAAGUAUUUCAAGCGUAGUGAACUUGCCAAAAAAGAAGAGGAAGCGUAUUUUGAAAGAUGUGGCUACAAGAUACAGCCAAAAGAGGAGAACCAGAAACCAUUAACUUCUUCGAAUCCUGUGUUAGAACUUGAACUUGCAGAGGAAAAGUUACCCAUGACUCUUUCUAGGCAAGAGGUUAUCAGAAGAUUGAGAGAAAGAGGAGAACCAAUCAGACUAUUUGGAGAAACUGAUUAUGAUGCAUUUCAGCGUUUAAGAAAAAUAGAGAUCCUCACACCGGAAGUUAACAAGGGAUUGAGAAAUGAUCUGAAAGCAGCUUUGGAUAAGAUCGACCAGCAAUACCUCAAUGAGCUUGUUGGUGGCCAGGAACCUGGAGAGGAAGACACACAGAAUGACUUGAAAGUUCAUGAAGAAAACACCACAAUCGAGGAGUUAGAGGCAUUGGGAGAGUCUUUAGGAAAAGGGGAUGAUCAUAAAGACAUGGACAUCAUUACCAAAUUCCUUAAGUUUCUCCUUGGUGUCUGGGCUAAAGAACUGAAUGCCAGAGAAGAUUACGUGAAGCGCAGUGUGCAGGGUAAACUGAACAGUGCCACUCAAAAACAGACUGAGUCCUAUCUCAGACCCCUUUUCAGAAAGCUUCGGAAAAGGAAUCUUCCUGCUGAUAUUAAAGAAUCCAUAACAGAUAUUAUUAAGUUCAUGUUGCAGAGAGAAUAUGUAAAGAACAGCAACAAUAGCAGACCCCUUGUUAGGGACGACUUUACCCCUUGUCCCGGUGUCUUUCCUCCUGAAUGGGCUCUAGGAGGUGGCGACAGGGAGAAAGCGCUCUUGUGGCCCGGAGUUCCUGGAGCCGACUUCAGAAAGGCUAAUGAUGCUUAUCUUCAGAUGGCCAUUGGAAAUGCCCCUUGGCCCAUAGGGGUCACUAUGGUUGGUAUCCAUGCCAGAACUGGUAGAGAAAAGAUCUUUUCUAAGCACGUUGCACAUGUUUUAAACGAUGAAACACAGCGGAAAUAUAUUCAGGGUUUGAAGAGGUUAAUGACCAUCUGCCAGAAGCACUUCCCUACAGAUCCAUCAAAAUGUGUGGAGUACAAUGCGCUGUGAAAUCUGUGUGUGGCGUAUAAGUGACGAGAAACUGAAGUGAACGUGGGACGGACUUCUGGAAUUACCAACAGGAAUGAGGGAAGAAGAAAAAAAAGGAGUUUCUUGAGUUUGAGUUCUACCUAAUGCAGUCCUCUUGGUUUUAAGAAACAGCGUUGGCUCUCAUAUCACAUCUGGCUGCAAACUGAUUUUUGUGUCAUUUACUUUAAUCAAAAAAUUAAGUUCUGAAGACUUUUCCUCGUAAUUUAAAUGUGUAGACAACUGUCACAGAAGGGGGUUUAAAAUGACUUUUCCCCUCUAAACCUGAGAGUUGGCAGGUGAUUAUAAAGGAACAUUUGAGGAUGGACUUAAUUAUUUCUGUAAAAUAUGGUAAUUUUCACAUUGUCUUUUAUGUAGUAUUUAUAAAAGAUAUUUUUAUAUAUUUCAAUGAAAAUAUGGAACCAUUUAAUGAAACUUUAUAGUCCUUAAAUGUUGCUGAACUUUUGCCAUCUUGCAGUAGAAUUUGAAUGUAAAUGUUAUCACUG